AUGGGAAAAACUAGAGAUAUUUCAGAAUUAUUUAAUGAAAAGUUCCAAGAUGCAGUUGAAAAACCUGGUUCCGAACAUCAUUACUGGGAAAGUAAAUCAUAUUCCAAAUCCUAUUUCAAAAACAAGUCCCGUUUUUUAAAGUUUAGGUAUUAUGACUCUGUCACUGUUUUGAAAUUCCUUUUCUUCCAUUGGGUUGGUAAAUGGGCUUUUCUUCUUUCUAAACAAUAUGUAGAACCAUACAAACUACACCCCUUGCCCGUUGACGAUCAAAUCCUAUAUUGGUACCCGAUUUUCUCAAAGAAUGUUAGUGAUGGUAUACUUAAAUUAGAGUCAUAUGAAACAAGACAAUAUGGACAUCCAACUGUCAAGCCUACCAGAUCUGUUCUAUUAAGAGCCCUAUUCCUAACGUUUUGGAAGAGAACAACAUUUGGUCUCCUAGGUAUUAUAGUUACUAAUGUCCUUAGUAUGAGCAUUGCACUACUGGUCAAGCAUUUACUUGAAAAUUUGAACACCAAGUCGUUUGCUCUUCUGAAAAUAUUUCUGUUCCUAUUUGCUAUAAUAGGCCUACAGAUUGUUGAUGGACUUUUAAUCGAGAACUUCACCUUUUAUCUGAAUCGAUUAAGACUUGUCUGGGAACAUUCAGUUUCUGUAUGCGUAUUCCAAAAUGGCAUUUCACACAGACGUUUCUUCAAUAAUAACGUAAACGGGUCUAAUAUGCUAAAUGUCUGUAACACUGUCUUACACAGCUGUUCUCCUGAUUCAGAAUGUUCCAGAAACCCAUUAUAUUGUCCCGCCAGGCGUUUUCAGAACAAAGAAAUUACUCCUAUCAUAUUUACGUUUGAAUAUAAUGACUGCUUUUACGUUUCAAUGUUUUUGGAAUCCGCAGUACCAAUUGUCAACUUUUUGUCAAACUUUAUCUAUGGUGUUGUGUUGAUUUCCAUGGAGAUUAAGAUUAACUUGUGGGUCCUAUACGUGCUUGGCGUUGUCUUCUGCUUUUUAAUGGUCGUUGUUGAAAUCAUAAACACUUAUUUACUCCACUUUGUUUGCCUUGUAAAGGAUUAUAGGAUAGGAGAAUGUGUUGAAAUUAUAUCCGAGUUACCUCUCAUCAACAAAUUACUCUACGAUGACAUUGCUAUCAACAUCAUUACUGAGACUAGGAAUUCUGAGUUAUUGUUGAUUUUGGUUAGGUUCUUCUUGACGCUGAUCAAUAAGUCGUUGUUUGUUAUUUGCAACAAUGUGACAUUCUUUGUCUUGAUGAAUUAUUUUGUAAAAUCAGUUAGAGACGCGGAGGUUAUUAAGGACGUUGAGGUUGGAGGAUUCUUAUCAUCAUUUUACGUAUUUUUCAGGAUUAUCAACUCAAUGUUCAUGCUUCCUUAUGCACUUGGAAGACUGGCAACUGCUUACAUAUCAUACAACAGAGUUAAAAAAUAUCUGAACGAAUGUUCACCUAACUUUUACGUAAGUGACAACCGAUUUCCUGGAUCAACACAGAUGUCAUCUGACCUACCUGAUGUAACCAAUGAGCUUGCUAAGGAUGUUGUAAUGUUAUAUAAGGAUGCCUCAUUUGCAUGGGUCCACAGUAAGAAGGAUUUUGCCAGUAAGAGCAAUGAAGUUCAGAUGAAGAAUGUUAACUUUCAACUUAAGAGGGGCGAAAUUGUCAUAAUGACAGGGACACAAGGUUGUGGAAAAUCUAACUUAAUAAAGUCAGCUCUUGGUGAGAUGACUUUGGUUGGAGGUUCAAUGGCAGUAGUUCCUCUACACACAUCAAUGCCAAUAUUUUACGCAUCUGAAGGAAUUUGGCUCAAAGAAGGAACUAUUAGAUCAAACAUAACAUUCGGCCAUAGAUUUGAUGAGGACAUUUAUGAAUCAGUUAUCAAAGCACUUGAACUUGAAACUGAUAUAUUAUCAUGGGAGAAAGGUGACUUGAGAGUUGUAUCAGAUAAUGCUCACUCACUCAGUUGUGGUCAGAGAGUUAGAAUGGAAAUGGCUCGCGCUAUCUAUGCCUACCUCAUAUUCAGUAAAGUGAACAAGGAUUACAAUAGAAACCAGUGUUCAUUCCUAAUGUGUCUGGAUUCACAGUUUCAUGGGUUAGAUCCCUACGUAUCAAGAACUGUAUUCUUCAACCUGUUCAAUGCUAAGAAUGGUCUACUAGUUAGGGACGAUCUUGCGGUUAUAGUUUCUUCAUCACUAACCUUGCUGGAUAAAUGUGUCAGAGCUUCAGACUUGGUUAAGUUCCCCAGAAUUCCCGUAUACGAGAUUGAUAACAAAUCUGUUCAUUUCAACUGUUAUUUGUCAGACAUUUUUAAAGACAAGAAGACACAAAAUGCCUUUGAGUAUAUCACACCUCCUUCAGGUCCAUAUAAGUUGAAUUUCUUUACCAAGGAUAUGAUGAAACUAUGUUAUUCAAGCUCAAACAAUAGUUUAUCCAGGAAUUACCUCACCAAAUCGAAGUACAGACGUUCAUUAUCAUCUAUAAUCCAGGAAUGUUAUCCCGACGAUAAAUUUAACCCAUAUCUACUGUAUUUUAAAGCGGCAGGAUUUGCAUUUGUUCUGUUCACGAUCUUUUCUCUAGCAUCAAGUAUUAUGGAUAAUUCCAAGUUUGUUCUUGCAACCAACCUCACAGAUUAUAUGUUCAAAAAAAUAGGCGAUUAUGACGAUGGCGUCACUGUUGACAUGUCCGAUGUUGUAUCACACAGCGAUUCUGCCCUCAACGUAAUGCUGAUUAUUGUGUCAGUUAUUAUGGGUUGUUCCCUAAUAUCGAUAUUAUUUUUCACGGUUUCCACUCUAAUGGCCUCAAAAAGAAUACAUGAAUAUUGUCUCACCUCAGUCUUCAAGAACAGCUCAUCAGUGAUUAAGAUCAAAAAGCAGAUAAACCAAAUCAUAACAUAUUUUUCUUCAGAUAUGCUAUUCAUCGACCAAUAUAUUGGUGAUAUGAUCUUUACCACUUUCUUGGCAUUCAUUCAAACAGCCAUUUCCAUUGGAACUCUAUUUUACACAAUUCCCCUUUCUGUUCCAUUUAUUGCCGUAUCACUGGUCAUUGCCUUUGAAUUCGUAGUGUUGAAGAUUGUCAAGUCAUUUAAGACCAUUCAACUGGGAUCACUAGAAACUAUGUCACAUGUUAACAAGACAUGCGAGGAUGCCAUAUUAGGAGCAGCAAUUCACAGAAGCUUUAAAAAGGAAUGGGAGUUGGUUAAUGAUCUUAUCGAAAGAACAGAUUAUAAAAUGAGGUGUUGGUUCCUGGCAACUUCCUUGGGAAGUUGGACUUCAGUUCUCUUCAAUUGGUUAUUUUCACUUACAACCGCUCUGUUCCUCACAGGUCUGAUCAUAUUUGACAAGUUUACUGACUUUAAGAUGAAUGUUGGAUACUUUGGAUUAGGUUUAUCACUUGGAAGCAGCGUUAUUAAAUCUUUCAACAAUUGUUCGUUUUGUUUUGCCAGGCUGCAGGUUUUUAUAUGUUCACUUCGAAGGUUCCAGUGCUUUAUUCCUCCAGGUACCAAGUGUGUUUUUGACAAAUUCCGCAAUGUUCAUGAAGAGGAUCUAGUUAUCAGUUCAUCAAAACCUGAGGACCAAGUUAAUACAGCUAACUUGCUUAGGAGAAGGGCAAUUGAAUUCAAAGACACCAAUCCCAACUUCUUAAAGAGGAUGGCGUAUAAGCCAAAGUUCAACUUCAUGUACGUUUCGAAAUAUCUCCCAUCUGAACACACUGGCCUUGUGUUGAAGGAUUUAUGUGUUUACACCAAUUCACUGAUGAAUAAAGAAGGCCUCAUCCUUAACAACAUCAACGCAACACCCGGCAAAUCUGAUAUCAUUGGAAUCAUUGGCAGAACAGGUGCUGGUAAGACAACUCUUCUAUCUGUGCUAGAAAACAAUGUUAGAAAUAGAACAGGUCAAGUCCUGUUGGAUGGUAGAGAUUUACAAGAAAUUCCCAAAAGUGUCGUGAGACACAUUGUUGGCGUUCUUCCUCAGUUACCAUUUGUUUUCAAGGGCUGGACUGUCCGAAGGUUCUUGGAUCCAAGAAGACUAUUCACUGAUGAGAAGAUCAACGAGGCUCUUGAAAAUUGCGGUCUUCUUGAUUUUGUAAAUAGCCUUCCAGGUGGAAGAAGACUCGAUACUGUAAUUGUUCCCAAACCACUUAACAUGGCUAAAAACUUUUUUGAACAAUCACCAAAAGAGUCGUUUAACAAAGGUAAGGAACCUUACCCUGAAGAAAGGGCAAUGACCAUGGAUGACCUUAGGUCAGCAGGUACAAUGUUAUCUGUAAGUCAGCUCAGAACACUUUGGUUUGCGAAGUUAGUAUUGUGCAGACAUCAGUACAGAAUGUUAAUCAUUGAUGAACCACCGUCUGAUAACAUUUCUGAGGAUGAGUUGGAGGCUCAAGAUAUGGGCGUACCAAUUUACGAAUUACUGGAUAAAUACUUUAAGCACUGCACCUGUUUCGUUACUGCACACUUCUCUAAGGUUCUCAAAUCUUGUACAUCCGUAUGGGUAAUGCAUCAAGGCAGACUUAUAAGGACUUGCAGUGUUUCAGACGUAUCCAAAAAUGAUUCUAUUUCGAACAUCAUCGAAGAGAUGGUUACCAAAUACUCAAACUAAUUUUAAUGUAGUAAUAUUUAACAAUGCAAAAUUGCAUUAAAACUAUUAAUUUUUCAGUCUAUA